AUGUCAAACGGAACUCGUUCACUUUAUUGUGGCAGGCAAUGUCAACAGAGAGCUGGGACUUCAAAUCCUCCACCGGCACCACCCUACGGAGUGAGACCACCAGCUCAACCAGUACAGGGAAUAGGUGGUACUUGGGUACCAGUCUCGGUUCCAGUGUGUCGUUAUUGUCAAGUUAAACCGUGCUGGAAAGAUCCGUCGACACAAGCAUAUUUAUCUUUUUGCGGAAGAACUUGCAAAGAAGCAUCUGAAGUUCUUACGCCUACAACACCUGUGAAUAUUCUUACACCUACAACACCUGUGAAUAAUGUCUCACCAAAUUUACAAAAUUCUACAAUACUACCUCCUGCACUACCUCCUGCGAGUGGAGUACCUAAUUAUUCGUUAAAUAAUCAAUUACAGCCAAUGAAUAGACAAUACCAACAACAAUCAACGAACGAGCAAUAUCAACAGCAACCGAUAAGUGGGCAAUAUCAACAGAUAUCAACAAAUGAACCAUCGAUAAGUGGAAUAUACCAGCAGCAACCAACGAAUGAUCGACCGAUAAGUGAGAUAUAUCAACAGCAACCAAAAAAUGAGCGACCGAUAAGUGAGAUAUAUCAGCAGCAACCAAUAAACGAACGACCGAUAAGUGAGAUAUAUCAGCAGCAACCAAUAAAUGAACGACCGAUAAGUGGGCAAAGUGGGCAAAGUGGACAAUAUCAACUACAACCAACGAAUGAGCGAUCGAUAAGUGGACAAAGUGGGCAAUAUCAACUGCAACCAACGAGUGAGCGACCGAUAAGUGGACAAAGUGGGCAAUAUCAACUGCAACCAACGAAUGAGCGAUCGAUAAGUGGACAAAGUGGGCAAUAUCAACUGCAGCCAACGAAUGAGCAAUGUCAACCGACAACCGUUAAUGAAGAUUCACCAGAUGAUGAAGUCGAUAAUGUGUUGGUCAAUCAAUUUAAUGUUCCUCCACCACCCUACGAGCCACCUGAUGAUAAACAUCCGCCUAACGUUUCAGACCGGACCGUUAACAAUAAUAUCACCGGGAAAUAUCGGCAAAGAAAAGUUUCCAAUUAA